AUGGUGACGGUCGGCCCCAAGGUCAUGGCCGACAUGAGCCCUAUCGACAGCUACCCUGUCCGGUUCGUCUACAACGUCGUACAGAUUAUCCUGUGCUCUUACAUGUGCGUCGAGGCCUUCAUGAUCGCGUACCGCAACGGAUACCCUGUCCUCCCCUGCGCCCCCUUCGACGCCGAGAACCCCCCCGCGGCCAACUUGCUUUGGCUAUUUUACGUCUCCAAGGUCCUUGACUUCAUGGAUACCAUUUUCAUCGUCUUGAAGAAGUCGUGGAGGCAGCUCUCCUUCCUGCACGUGUACCACCACUGCACCAUCUUCCUGUUCUACUGGCUAAACGUCAACGCCGGGUACGACGGCGACGUGUACCUCACCAUCGUCCUCAAUGGCUUCAUCCACACCGUCAUGUACACCUACUACUUCGUUAGCAUGCACACGAAGGAUAUCUGGUGGAAGAAGUACCUGACGCUCAUGCAGAUGAUCCAGUUCGUGUGCAUGACAACCCAGGCCCUCUACCUCUUGACUACCGGGUGCACGAGCUACCCUCCCCGCAUCGUGGUCGUGUACGCUGGGUACAUCCUUUCCCUGCUCUUCCUGUUCGCCCAGUUCUACGUCAACAGCUACACCAAGAAGCCCACCGCAAAGAACGCAUAGUACAGCAUCGUCGAGCGUCACAAAACCCAGCGCAUGACGGCGGACGAACCUCCGGCGGCUGGUCAGUAGUGCCGUGUUUUUGGCGUUUUUCGAAACCUUUGUGUGGGCGAUCGUCCCCCAUUUCUUAAAGCGAGACCUGGUGUCGUCGGCAAACAAGCCGGAGGAAGUACGAGCGCGUCCGCGCUUGCGAUAAUUUUGCGACACGGGCCCCCGGCAACCAAACCCAGCUCUUGAGGUUUGCACAACCGUAGCGUGCAUGAGAAAGAAGGCUACGGUGGGGUGGGGCGGGGGCGUCGGAUUGAGAGCGAAAGCAAGGGCGCGGGGUGUGGCGCUGAGGCUGGUCCUUCGUCGUUCGGGAAAGGGGGAAGAUUUGGUGGGUAGGGGGGGGCAAGCGAGCGAAUAGGGAAGGGUAUCACGUGUUGGCAGUGUUGUUUUUCGUAUUUUUGUGGAGGGGGCAAGGGAGCAAGUGCUGUGGUACAAAACAGUGUGCAGGUGGUUGGAUAUGGAAGCUAGACUUGGCGCUGGAAAGAAUUGUUUUUAAGCCUUAGGGUUAGUAUGUUAGGAUAGGUAUGUUAGGAGGAGAAAGAAGCUGUGAUACGAGAUUUGUUCGUGGCUUCGCCGUCGCUCGGUCACUUCUGACACCACCGAAGAUAGUGUUGGCCUCAUCAGUAGACGCGGUGGAUCGGUGGUUCUGUGGAGCAUUUAUUCGUUUUGUUUUACUCGUCUUCGUGUUGGCAGGUGAGGUUAGUAGCUAACCUCGUUCGUGGUGUUUCUUUUUGUUUUGUCGAUUCGGCAAGGAGAGAGAUAACGCCGCAAGCGUUUGCGGUGAACAUUGUUUUGUUGGAC